AUUUUCAAAGUUUUUUUGUUCACCCAAUUGUGAUAUAUUUUUUUCUUGGAAAUUUCAACAAUAACGAAAAUGGAACGAGAACCAGCCGAUGGAUGUGAUUUUGAGCCAAAUAUUUCCAAUGAUAUACGUACAGAUGGUGAUGGUAUUGAAAUGACCGAUAUAAAUGAAUUACCAAUUCUAAAUCAUCAUCAUCAUCGUAAUGGCCUUGACCGUAAUAAUAAUCAUGAAAUUGAUCAAUCAUCAACGACGACUAAUGUUGAAAUCAAUAAUAAUUGCCGAAAAACACCAUCAAAUUCAGAUGAUAUAGAUGAAGAUGAUAUAUCAUAUUUACGUUGUUCAAGUUUACAAACAGAAGAAUUACAACGUCGUCGACAAAGACAACAACAAAAUCGACAAUCAUCAACCGGUUAUCCAGGAUUAGCAUUCGGUUCACCAAUGUAUUCAAAUACUUUAUUUAAAUUUAGCAUUAUUGCUAAUGAAAUCAAAGAUUUAAAACAAAAUCAAUUGAAAAAGGCCGAAUCGGAAGUAUCAACAUUAAAUCGUCGUAUACAAAUGAUUGAAGAUAAUUUGGAAAAAACUGAAGAACGUUUACGUAUAACAUUAAUGAAAUUAGAAGAAGCACAACAAGCAGCAGAUGAAAGUGAACGUAUUAGGAAAACAUUGGAAACAAAAACCAAUAUGGAAGAUGAUCGUAUAUCAUUUUUAGAAGCACAAUUAACACAGGCUAGACAAAUUGCAGAAGAAUCGGAUAAAAAAUAUGAAGAGAUGGCCCGAAGAAUUGCCAUGCUUGAAGCCGAUCUUGAACGUGCCGAAGAACGUGCUUCAAAAAAUGAAAGCAAAGCUGCCGAAUUAGAAAGUGAAUUGAGGAUUGUUGGUAAUAAUCUUAAAUCAUUGGAAGCAAAUGAAGAAAAAUCUCAAAUACGUGAACAAGCAUAUGAAAAUCGUAACAAAAUUCUUACGGCCAAACUUAAAGAAGCUGAAGCACGUGCCGAAUUGACUGAACGUACUGUUCAAAAAUUACAGGCCGAAGUUGAUCGUCUUGAAGAAGAAUUAUCGGGUGAACGUGAAAAAUCUCAUCUACUUCAAGAAGAAGUUGAAACAACAUUGAAAGAUAUUCAGGCGAUUUAAAUUUUAUUACCUUUAUAUUGUUUUUUUUUUCGCAAAAUUAUGGGAUCAAUCAACACAAUUGGUAUGAUCGUAGAGCAAAAAAAUUAAUUCAUUCCGGAACAA